AUGUCCGAGCAACAGUAUCAUAUAGACAACGACGAUAUGCUCCCACCUUUACCGCACUCAUUUUCAUCAUCGUCCACCCUAGUCUAUAGGCGGAGAUACACCCUCCCGCACCUCAGCUCAUCCGCCUCAACUUUGACUGUCUCGACGCUGGCACAGGACACACCCUACUAG